AUGCGUCAGAUGCGUACUCGUAGUCUUAUGAUCACACUCUACAUCAUCUGCAUCGUUAUCAGCUGCUCAAAUUCAAGCCAUGGGAACACGACAGACGGCAAAGUUUUGAAUGUUGGUGAAGAGCUGUGGAAGGAAACUCUGCCACUAAAAAUGGGUUCGCGCCUUUACCAGAUUCAAGGACUGAAGCCUGAUACGUGGUACGAAGUGAAAAUAUCGUAUCCAGCUUCUAUACCUGCUAGAUUUUCCAUACAACUCAAGAGAUGGGACUUGGACUCUGCACUGACCGGGAACAGAAGAUUACUAAAUACAGAAAAGCUGAUUUUCAAGACUGAAAGUCUUGGCUCGAACGAUCAGGGUGGCAUGUACGUGUUGGUGAGUGUGGAGCCAGAAGGAGUUGUUGCAAUACCAAAUGUGCAGGAGAGGGAACACAUCAUUUUCAAUAUAGUUUGUGAUGAACUGCUAUUGGGAAUUCCGUACAAAGCUUGGUGGGUUGUAGGCUUUGUGUUGGUGUGCUUGGUUUUGGCGUUCACCAUCCCAGCAUUUCUUCCACCCUUUCUGUUACGGCCAGUGGAUCAAAAUGCUUCUAAAGAUUCUUGA